AUGCUCUACCCUCUCGCUCUCGUUGCCCUCGCAGGUCUUAGCUCUGCUUCGCCCACUGUUCAACCCAUCGACUUCGAUGCCAUCGUGGCUGCUGCCACCCCCUCGCUUGUUGGCCCUCCCGCCACUGCCACCGACCAAACCGGCGUCUACAACGCUGUAGCUGCCUCUUCGUCUGCUGCCGUUGCUGUUACUGGUGUUGCUUCUGCCAGUGCCACCGCCUCUGUCGUUGCCCGCAACCUUGAGGCUCUUGAGGCUCGCAGCCUUGAGAAGCGCACUUACUGCUUCCUCUGGUGGUGCUGGGGAACUCCUACCACCACUACUUCUGCCAAGGCUGCCACUUCCACGUCUUGUACCACCUCUACCACCGCCAAGGCUGUUGUCACCACCACUUCGGCCACUCCCGUGAUUACGUCGGCCGCUUCGACCAUCACCGUCCCCUCCAGCUGCACCCCCAUCAGCUGGACCAACACCUUCGCGUUCACCACCGCGACUGGCUGCGCUGCUCCCUUUGAAGUCGGCACCUACUGCGGAUUCAUCAACCCUGAGGACCCUUGUGCCCCUCAGCCCGCUGGCAGCGGACCUCAGGUCCAGCCUGACACCGCCAGCGCCUUCCAGGCCUACGCUCCUUUCCAUUCCAUGGCCUCGAAUGCUCCUACUCCCAGCGGAUACGCCCAGACCUUCAAGGACCUUGGUGCCUCUGUCAACGCCAACAGCUACCUCGGCCUGCACACUCUCACCUCCUACGACGUUGCCCAGUGCGCUGCUUACUGCGACAAGACCGACCUUUGCACUGGUAUCAACAUCUACAUUGAGCGUGACCCCUCUAUCAACCCCGACAAGUGCUCUUGCCAGAACCCUUCGUCCAUCACCAACUACAAGUGCACUCUCUGGGGAUCUGGCGUUGACAGCGCUGCCGCCACCAACACUGGUCAGACCCGUGACAGCUUCCAGGUCGUCAUCGCCGGCUCCAACGGCUACCAGAAGACCAACAACACCACUCCUACUACUCCUUCCGGCUGGACCAACCCCAAGAACUGCGGUGGUGUUACUCACAGCCACCCCUCCACCUGCAUUGGCCAGAAGUUCUUCCCUGGUCCCUUCGAUGUCAGCCUUUGCGCCGCUUACGCUGCUUCUCAGAACACUGUCAACUACAAGUCUCUUGGUCUGUCCUCUUGGGCUAGCUGGUUGGGCUACAGCCCCCUGAAGUGCAACUUCUUCAACGCCUUCAUGAUCAAGCAGAACGGUGUUGCCAAGGGUACCUACUGCAGUCUCUUCUCCCAGCAGUACAACCCCUCUGCUGCUUCCUACAGCCCGGGUAACAAAUCAGUCCCAAACACGUUCUCGGAGAAUCUGUUGGAGAAGUUUCGCAAAUUCAGUGGAGAUGAUCGCCCAACCAUCCGCGUGGGUGGAUCAAGCCAGGACGGAGUUGGCUAUGAUUCAGACCUAGAGGUUUUCCGUAUUCUCGAAGAGAGCGGCGAUCUUCCUGCUAGGCUCACAAUUGGGCCAACGUUCUUUGAGUCUCUCAACACUUUUACUGACACUCGCUUCAUCUAUGGUCUCAACAUGAAGCGCUCAGUCCAGAACGAGACACACUACCAGAACAUGCUCGACACUGUUGCCGCCGCCUGUAAGGCCUUGUCCAACAACAAUCUGCUCGGUUGCGGCGUGGCUGAAGGGUACUCGAGAUGCAAAAAGGUUCUCGAGGACAAGUGCCCAGACCUUGCCGAUGACGACAAGUUCCGCUGGCUUACGCCAUCACCUUCCAGCUUGUCAUCAGGACACUUGAACAUUCCAGACAUCAUAGAGGCGGGCAUUGACGAGGAUGGCUCAGUCUAUUUCCUCGGAGCUCAUAGCUACAUGGGAAAUGGACGAAAACCUGUAAACAAGCAGGCCAAGCUCAUGAACCAUACUUCUGUGGAAGGUUCCAUUAAUCGGCAUACAUCCAAACAGGACAUCGGAACAAAAGCACCCUAUUACGGUAACCUGGCAACUGCAGCCAUCCUAGGCCGUCUCGGUAAGGACAAGGUUCAGGUUGCGAAUCUCCCAGCUACUGGAAACGGGGCCGAGCCUGCGUAUGGCAUUUACCACUCUGGAAAGCUUGCCAAGGUGGCUAUUCUGAAUAUGGCCGAAUACAACUUCACAGCUAGCGGUAAUGCAACCGAGACUGAGCUCAACAAGUUCAAGCGUAGCAACCACAGCUUUUCCAUCAACCUCGACAGUAGUUUCAACGGCAAGACUGCUACGGUGCUUCGUCUCAUCGCUCCGGGUGCUGACUCGAUUACUGGGAUCACAUGGGAUGGAUACACCUUCAACUAUGACGUGGACAAUGGCAAGGCUGCGCGUGUCUCAAACGUCACUGUUGGCGAGGAGGUUGCUGUUAGCGAUGGCAAAGCGACCCUUUCUAUCGCGGACAGCAGUGCCGUGGUUGUUGAGUUUUGA